AUGGGUGGCAUGCACGCUCCUGGGAAGGGCCUGUCCCAGUCGGCGCUGCCCUAUCGCUGAAGCGUCCCCACGUAGCUGAAGCUGACCUCUGACGACGUGAAGGAACAGAUUUACAAACUGGCCAAGAAAGGCCUCCCUCCCUCCCAGAUAGGUGUGAUCCUGAGGGACUCGCACGGUGUGGCCCAGGUCCGUUUUGUGACUGGUAAUAAAAUCUUGAGAAUCCUUAAGUCCAAAGGCCUUGCUCCUGAUCUCCCUGAGGACCUCUACCAUUUGAUUAAGAAGGCAGUCGCUGUCCGAAAGCAUCUUGAGAGGAACAGAAAGGACAAGGAUGCUAAAUUCCUCCUGAUUCUGAUAAAGAGCAGAAUUCACCGGCUGGCUCAUUACUAUAAGACCAAGCGGGUCCUCCCACCCAGCUGGAAAUAUGAGUCAUCCACAGCCUCUGCUUUAGUGGCAUAA